AGAGAGAGAGAGAGAGAGAGAGAGAAAAACAGGAAACACGGGAACACUCGCUCCAGGUUACAGGAGCAUUUUUCUCCCCCUUUUCUUGACAUCAGGCAGAGGACUUUGAGAAACAGAAUCACACCAUGCUCCAUGUGAGACGAUCCUUUAUGGUUCUGUGUGAUCGGUGCAGUGUCCUGGUUUUCUACACAGCUGCUUGUUUUGCCCUGAUACACUCAUGCAGAGGUCAGUCAGAGGUUAUCGGUCCGCUUCAGCCAGUAGUGGCUUUGAUUGGUGAUGACAUCAUUUUGCCAUGUAACCUGGACCCUGUUAUGGAUGCUUUUGACAUGGCUGUGGAGUGGGCGAGGUCUGAUCUAGACCCCAGAUUUGUCCUCGUGUGGCGUGACGGUGUGGACCUGGAGUCUAAAAAACAUCCGUCCUACACCAGAAGAACGUCUCUGUUCACAGAUGAACUGAAGAAUGGAAACAUUUCACUGAAAAUCUCUAAAGUCAAACUGUCUGAUGAGGGAACGUACAAAUGUUUUGUUCCAGAGUUAAAUAAACACACUACAGUUCAGCUUGUUGUUGGUGCUGCCUCUUCACCUGCUGCAGAGAUUAACAGCACCAUCAGCAGCAGGGUGGUGUUACAGUGUGAGUCUGCAGGCUGGUAUCCAGAGCCUGAGCUGCUGUGGUUGGACGGUGAGGGAAACCUCCUCUCUGCUGGACCUACAGAGACCCUCAGAGGUCCUGAUGACCUCUAUACUGUCAGCAGCAGAGUGACUGUGGAGAAGAGACACAGCAACAACAUCACCUGCAGAGUCCAACAGAGGAACACCAACCAGAGCAGAGAGACACACAUACAUGUUCCAGAUGAUUUCUUCAUUAUCAUCAGUCCUUCCAGUAAUCCAACUAGUAAUCCAAACAUCGCCAUUGUCACAGUCAUCAUUGUUGCUGUUGUCCUCAUUCUGAUUGUUGCUGUUUUCUUUUUAUGGAAACGGAGAUGCGACAAAUUCAGUGAGUCACAUUUUAGUGUGAAUAAUGAAUGUUUUAGCCUCUUAAAGUAUUAUGAUUUUUUCUUUGUAUAUAAUCAAACCAUCAAGAGUUUAUUUUAUGUCACUUUGGGCUGCGUCUGCUCACAUGCAGCACCAUGUUUUUAUAGUAGAGGAAGUCAAAACUCCAGCAACAUUUGUAGUGAAUAGUAUUUGUUGCUAUAGUGACACAUUCAGCUUUCGGCCUUCAUUAGAGUCAUAAUAACACAUCUUAAAGAAAAUGUUUAACAUAAGAAAGAGAGGGAAGAGGGAAAAAACUGAUCAUCAACUAAUCAAACAUUCACAGACGUAUGAAUUCACUGUGACUUCAGGCUAAAAUUAGUUCCUAGAAUGAAGGAACAGGAAAGACCAGCACUGUUUUCAGUCAGUCAAUAACUAAAUGGUUAAACAAUAAAUUGAAAGAAAUUUAAUAAAUUUAAA